AUGGGCUCUCAUUCCGAAAUCCCAGUCAUUGUUGGCGUCGGCGACUACAUUAACCGUUCACUUUCUGUUUCUGAUGCACAUGAGCCUCUAACGCUUAUCCUGAAUGCCCUUCAACAGGCCUUUGAUGACACAGGAUUAGCUGAAGAUAAAAGAUUGAGCUUACAGUCUAGUAUCGACAGCGUUGAUGUUGUGAGAACGUGGACAUGGCCGUACGAUGACUUACCAGGUCUUAUUGGUCAAAAACUGGGUGUAAAUCCCAAGCACAAAUUCUACUCUGAUCAUGGAGGCAACAAGCCUGCCUUAUUGCUGGACGAAGCUGCCCGGAGGAUUUCGAAAGGCACUACCAAGGUGGCUGUCGUGGCCGGAGGAGAGGCUUUGGCUUCCUUGACCGCUUGUGCUCAAGCCAAAAAAUUACCUCCUCCAGGGUGGACGAAGACGAAGGAUGAUGUUACUUCUGUCUUCUCGGCCACUGGCAGGGAUCACGGUACUAAUAUUGGCGGAACCCACUCGAUUGGAGACCCGAUCCAUAUAUAUCCGUUGUUUGAGAACGGGUUUCGCGCCCACCGAGGGCAAUCUCUAGCAGCAAAUCACGACGAAUCUGCUCAGCUUUAUGCCGAAUUCGCCGAGGUGGCAGAGAAACAGCCUCUGGCAUGGAACUACGGCUCACGGAAGUCCAAGCAGGACAUUGCGACCGUUUCCAAGCGAAACCGGAUGAUUUGUUUACCAUAUCCUCUCCUGAUGAAUGCUUUCAAUACUGUCAACCUUGCCGGAGCAGUUAUCUUGACGUCGAAAAGCUAUGCGCAGGAAUUAGGAAUACCCCCAGCAAAAUGGAUUUAUGCGUUAGGUGGGGCCGGGACGCGAGAUAGCGAUGCGUUUUGGGAACGACCAAACUACCACUCUAGUCCAUCGAUAGAGCGCUCAAUCGACUCUGCACUUGAGGUAUCCGGGGUCAGGAAAGAGGACAUUGACUUAUAUGACUUCUACUCAUGCUUCCCCAUCGUGCCUAAAAUUGCGGCAUCGCAUUUGCAACUACCCAUUACCCAGGGCACCAAAGCUUUGACUUUGCUCGGUGGUCUCACGAGUUUCGGUGGCGCGGGCAAUAACUAUUCUAUGCAUGCGAUCACAGAAAUGACACGGCAAUUACGACAAGGCAAAGGCCGCACCGGUCUAAUUCUCGCCAAUGGCGGAGUAAUGAGCUACCAACACGUGCUUUGCCUCUCAACCUCAGCUCGACAGGAUGGAUCACCAUAUCCCACCAAAAACCCAUUGCCAGAAUGGGUUACGGAUCUUCCAGUUCCAACUGUGGAUGCCAAGGUAGAAGGCAACGAGGAAGCAACGAUUGAGACAUACACGGUCGAAUUCAAACGCGACAACACACCAUUGCGGGCUUAUAUCAUCGGUCGACUGAAGAAGAACGGCCACAGAUUUGUCGCGAAUCACGGUGACGAGGAGACACUACGAGAGAUAUCUUCGGGGUCGGAGGAGAAGAUUGGGCGGACGGGCCGUGUCAAGAACGACGGGAAGAGGAAUCUCUUCGUCUUCAGCAAGGUCUUUGGUGCGAAGCUGUAG